AUGGAGUUGGCCAAUAGAACCACAGUUGAGGAAUUCAUUUUGCUAGGAUUUGGGGGUGGACAUCAGAAACGAUUUCUGCUCUUUAGCCUUUUCACUAUUCUCUACAUGCUCACUAUAGCAGAAAAUGUCAUCAUUAUCACACUGGUGCUUCUAGACACACGUUUGGCCCGGCUUCCCAUGUACAUCCUGCUAAGCAAUUUCUCCUGGCUGGAGAUGUGCUAUGUGACGGCCACCGUGCCUCGGAUGCUGUUUGACCUUGCGUCACCUGAUGGGACCAUCUCUUUCCAUGCCUGCUUCUUUCAGUUCUAUGUCUUCUUCUCCCUUGGAAGCACAGAAUGCUUCUUCCUCUCUAUCAUGGCUUUGGAUCGGUACCUGGCCAUCUGUCAUCCACUACGUUACCUACAAGUCAUGUCCCCCAAUUCCUGCUAUGCUCUGAUGGGUGCUUCUUGGAUCCUUGGCUUUCUGUGGCACAUUAUCCCAGUGACUCUGAUCUCCAGGUUGUCCUUCUGUGGCUCAAAUGUCAUUGAGCAUUUAUUGUGUGACCCUGGGCCAAUUUUGUCCCUGGCCUGCCAACCAUUAGGAAAUGCCCUCUUUUUCUGUCAGAUGGCUAUGAAUUCUGUGGUUUUAGGUAACUUCUUCUUUGUUGUAUUAUCCUAUGCUAUUGUAAUUGUCACCCUGAUGAAAACCUCCAGCCAAGGCAAUCGUAGGAAGGCCUUCUCCACUGUCUCCUUCCAUCUUAUGGUAGUGACACUCUUCUAUGGUUCAGUAGCUGGUGUUUACUUAAUUCCAGGGGGAGAAAGUCAGUCAGAUCUCACUAAAGCAGUAACAGUUUUCUAUACGGCCAUCACACCCUUUCUCAACCCCCUGAUCUACUGUCUAAGGAAUGAGCAGGUGAAAGAGGCCCUGGGCAGGUUGCUAAGAAGAAGGAUGUGA